AUGUUUGAGAUGACAUCCGAUUAUCCUAAUACCCAAAUUACAGGAGUGGACAUAUCGCCCGUUCAACCAACAGAAAUAAAACUCCAAAAUGUUAAUUUUGUUAAAGCAAAUCUUUUAAAUGGAUUACCAUUUGAAAAUGAUACUUUUGAUUAUAUAUUCCAAAGAUUCUUGUUUUCAGCAAUUCCUAAAGACAGUUGGCCUGAUGUUAUGAAUGAAUUGACUAGAGUUUUGAAACCAGGAGGAUAUUUGGAGUCCUUAAGUAUGGGAUCUUUAAUUAGUAAAAAUGAUUCAAAAGAUCUGCCAACAUCCGACGAUCAUUUUACUAAUUUUCAAUAUCUCGGAGGGAGAAGAUAUCAUAACGAAUCAAAUUCUUCAUAUUUUCUUCCUAAUGAUGAUAAAGAAUGCGAUAGAUUACAUUUACAACAUUUCUUAAUUAAAAGUGUUCGUCAAGGUAAUUUUUCUGCGCCUGUUGAAGAUAUUUUAAAUAAAGAAGGUUCAAAAGUUCUUGAUGUUGGUUGUGGAGCUGGUUCUUGGACGUUUGAUAUGGCAACCAAUUAUCCAAAAUCACAAAUUGUGGGUAUUGAUAUAUCUCCCAUUCCAUCAUCAUCUGAAAUUAAACCAAAAAAUAUUACCUUUAUUCAAACAAACGUAUUAAAUGGUCUACCUUUUGAGGAUAAUUCUUUUGAUUUCAUAUUUCAACGUUUCUUAAUUCUUGGAAUUCCUGCUGAUAAAUGGAAUUUUCUUAUAAAUGAGUUGAUUAGAGUAUUAAAACCUGGUGGUUUUCUAGAGUUGAUAGAGACGUCACCAAAAUUUUCUCCAAUGGGACCAUAUACAUCUGAGCUUAUGAAAUCUGGUCGAGAAAUGUUGAUCAAAAAAAAUUUGAAUCCAAACGUAGCUUACGAGUUAGAAUCACUAAUUGCUAACCAAGAAGAACUUGAAAAUAAUAAAUGUGUAAAAUAUCAGAUUUUUUACGGCAACAAGGCUGAUAAAUUGGGUCAAACGGCUAUCUUAAAUCAGAAAAAUAUAUUUAGCACAACAAAAAUUCAUAUGAUGAAUGCGUUACAAGUGGGCUCUGAAGAGUAUGACGUAUUUACUAAAAAUGUUCUUGAAGAAUUGAGAGAAUAUGAGAGUACUCAAGAUUUUAAUUGUGUAUAUGCUAGCAAAAUAUUCUAA